AUGGGAUUGACAACUCUACAGCCUUUGGCCUAUGCUGUAGCAUAUGUUACCUUCUUUCUUGGUACUACAUCUGUAUUCCUGCGCUUCUACUGUCGGCAUUUUGUCCUAAGGACUCGUGGUUGGGAUGACAAUUUUGCCAUUUUGAUCCUGUUGUUUAGCAUUGGACAACAAGUCGUCCUGCACAUGUUCGUGUAUUGGGGAUGUGGACUACACAUGGAAACGUUGAGCGGUGUCCAACAGCUCGAAAUUGUCAAGUGGCUGUUCAUAGAAGAAGUGGUUUACUACUCAGUUCACUGGGUAAUCAAAUCGGCUUUCCUCCUCUUUUACCUGCGCCUCUCCCCAAGUAAAGCCUUUCGGGUUGCUGUAUACAUUGGCGGAGUCCUGAACCUUGCAAUUUUGAUUAUCAAUAUCAUGCUCGCAUGUUUCCAAUGCAUUCCGUUUGAUGAGAUUCUUCAUCCAGGUACGCAUCCCGAUGCUAUCUGUAUCAGCAAACUCGUCCUUCUCAUAGGGCCAUCUAUCCUCAACAUCCUGGAAGACUUCUACAUCCUCAUCCUACCCAUACAUACAGUUUUGAAACUCCAAAUGUCAGUACGGCGCAAAGCAGCUGUGCUGGGAGUCAUGGCCUUUGGCAGCAGUUCCGUCAUUAUUGCAUGUUUCCGACUCAUACCUCUCAUGGAACUAAACAACUCGCCGGAUACAUCAUGGGUGCUUGGAAAGAUGGUAAUUGUGGCUGCGCUCGAGAUACAGUUUGCUAUCAUCGCUGUCAACUUGCCAAGUCUCAAAGCACUUUGGACGCGAGUAGCGGGUGGACCUUCAUACGGAUCAGGAGGAGGAGAGCGAGGUAGUUCGAAGCAGAAAGGGUACAGACUGUCUUCACUUGGCCAGAUCAUAACGAUUGGUUCGGAAGGAAAAGGCCCGGGCGGAUCGAAGUGGGGGAAGAGGGCCCAGAGAGGAAGUAUCACACGGUUGGAACAAGGGGUUACUGCAACAGAGUCAGAAGAGGAGUUGUGCCGACAAGGUAACAUACCAUUACGGACGCUGAACUCAGCUCAGGAGGGUGAGCUUGGUACGAUCAAGGUUACAAAAGACUACGAUGUGAAGAGUACACGGAUAGGUGGAGACAACACUAACUCGAAUUAUUUCUUGAAAGGAGUAUAA